UGCUCAGCUAGGUGACACCCCUUCUUGGUCUGGGACUCAGGGUCCUGCCUGGGGUCUGGCGCCUGGAUCUCCGGGAAGGGGAGGAGACGGGAGAGCCCCGCCCCAGCUUCCUCUGGGUGGGGCACCCACAGACUGCAGAGCAAGUUAUUAGGCCACCAGGGAAGUGGCUCCAGAUGCCAGCUCGCCACGAAGGGAGCCUGACGCUUGGAGCCCCUCUACACGUGUCAUCUCCAGGAGCCAUGAGAGGCAUCGAGCUUGCUCUGCUGGUGUUCCUGCUAAGCUGGGAGCGUGGCCUCAGCCUGCAGUGCUACAGCUGCUUGGGCUUGGUGAGCAACAACCAGUGCCAGCCCCAGCCCAGCCCAUGUGCCAUGUCUGGCGUCUGCUUCAGCAGUAACAUAGCCGUGACCUUGGCCAAUGGAAUGAAGGUGAAGACUCAGCACAAGGGCUGCGCCCCCUCCUGUGAGGAGGUCUCGAAGAUCUUGAAUCAGCUCUCCCCGAAAACCAGCCCAGGGAGCCAGAUCCCGGACGGCCUGAUGAAGUUCGAAGUGGAGGGGUUGUCGUGCUGUGAAAAGGACCUGUGUAACGGGGUGGCCCGGGCGGGGCGCAGCCUCUGGGCCCUGGCGGGCGGGCUCCUGCUCAGCCUCGGGCCUGCGCUCCUCUGGGCGCUGCUGUGAGCGCCCGGCGCGCCCGGGGAGCAGCGCCCCCACGCGCAUGCGUGCACGUGCGCCCGCGCGCGCCGGCCCCUGCGCGCGCACACGUACCGGCACCCGCUCGCGCGCGCGCGCAGGCCCUCCUGCCCCCUGCCCCCCACCCCCGCCAGCCCCGCCCACAAGCCUGCCUCCUUUUGCAAACACCAUCAACUGACCGCUGACCCGCGAUGCAGGGACCGCCAAGCCCCUCCUGGACUGGGAGCCCCUAGGAAAGCGGAGCCCGCAGCGCGGCCCGGGGUCCCGCCAGCGGGGUGCCAGCAACCGAGACAGAAUAAAGGCUUUCAACGCCCCGGUGUUCUUUGCUUGCCAUUCGGCCGCUAGAGCAGGGGGGGUGGCUCGCGCGGCCAGCCUGGGAGGGGCCUGGGCUUCCGCUUGGUUUCCCCUCAGCCCUGCAAGUGCCCGUGGCCCGAGGGGCUAUGACCAGGGUCGGCUCUGCCGGGACUCUCCCCGGGGGCAUCUGCCCAGGGCCCAGUGGCCGAUGCCCAGGGGCAUCCUAGGCAGAGGCAGGGGCUGGUGGGGGGGGGGAGGGGGCCUGGGCUGGUUCCCUCCCCCCUUCACACCCACGCAACCCACACACCCUGAGCGAGGGCGUGUAUGCAGGGCAGGGGAGAGGAGUUAGAGGAACCGUGGCAGGUGGGUCAGUCUCCAGCCUGAUGACCUCACCAUGCUGUUCGCGGGUGACCUUGGACCUGCCCCAGUGACUUCUCUCUGGUGACCGGGCCCCGGCGCACACUGGGUCCCAUCCCUGCAGCGGCCACAGCCAGAGCCACCCUACCCCUUAAUUUCCUUGGGCUUGGUAAUCGGUCCAUCUUGAUAACCGGUACUGAUUAUUCCAAGUAUGUCCGUAUGUGUCUUUUCUUCUUCGUUGCUGUAUCAUGAUUAAAGGCAAACUUUUUCACUGUUAA